GCAAUAUUGGUUUCCUGUCGGAACGUUAAUGCCGGUGCACCGUCCUUCACGACAAGGCACCGGCUUCUUGUUGAGAUCUCGUCUGAUAUGAGCAGACUGAGGGUGAAGCCAUCCUGAGGUUCAGUCUCUGGAGGGUAUGAACAGCUGAGUCUCAAACAUGCUGUCAGGACUUGUUGCUGUUGCCCGUCGCUCUCUGAAGCGGACUGUGCCUCACUGGAAAGCCACUCUUCACAGAACCUGUUUUCCAUCAAAGGCCAGGCAAUGGCUACUGGUUCAAAGGGGCGCGCACAGAUGGACCUCCGCCCCGUCAUCGAGGAUGAACCAGAAGCCAGCGUUUGUCAGAGCUCCAGCAUUUGGAGAUAGGGUCGCUGUUAUAGACAGCAGUGGCAGCCACAGCUACAAGCAGUUGUACUGCAGCAGCUUAGAUCUUGCAGGUAGAAUCAGCACCGCUCUCAAUUCUGACUUUGCAGGUCUGGAAGGAAAACGAAUCUCCUUCCUGUGUGCCAAUGACGCCUCAUACACAGUGGCACAGUGGGCAGCCUGGAUGAGUGGCGGGACAGCAGUACCACUGUACAGGAAACACCCUCAGUCGGAAUUGGAGUAUGUGAUCUCUGACUCCCAGAGUUCACUGCUAGUGGCGGGGCAUCCCUUUGCCGAGAUCCUCGAGCCUCUGGCACUGAAGCUGGGGCUGCCGUGCCUGACGCUGCCUCCUACGUCUGACCUGGGCACUUUAGGUGUGGAAGACACAGAGGAGAAGGAGACGUCCAUCACUGACUGGGCUGAUCGACCAGCUAUGAUCAUCUACACAAGCGGAACCACAGGGAGACCCAAGGGGGUUCUACAUACGCACAGCUCCAUCCAAGCCAUGGUACAGUGUCUGGUUUCAGAGUGGGCGUGGACCAGAGAUGAUGUCAUCCUCCACACCUUGCCGCUCCACCACGUGCAUGGCAUCGUUAACAAGCUGCUGUGCCCGCUCUGGGUGGGCGCCACCUGCAUCAUGCUGCCUGAAUUCCAGCCUCAGAAGGUGUGGGAGAUGCUGUUGAGCUCUAAGGCUCCCAUGGUUAAUGUGUUCAUGGCCGUGCCAACUAUCUACUCUAAGCUGAUCCAGUACUAUGAUCAGCACUUCACGCAGCCUCAUGUCAAGGACUUUGUCAAAGCAGUGUGCAAAGAAAGGAUCAGGUUAAUGGUUUCGGGCUCGGCUGCUCUCCCUCUUCCCACUCUGCAGCGCUGGGAGGAAAUUACAGGACACACACUGCUGGAACGCUACGGCAUGACUGAGAUUGGCAUGGCGCUGUCCAACUCUCUCAAAGGCCCACGCAUCCCAGGGGCUGUGGGGUCACCGCUCCCAGGUGUGGAAGUUCGGAUUGUCAUGAAUAAUGCAAGCAACACCACGAUUGCGGAGGGCAGCCACAGAGAGACUCGGGUACGUGCAGGUCUGGAGGGGAAAGAGGGCGAUCUCCUGGUUCGAGGUCCAUCUGUCUUUCAGGAAUACUGGAACAAGCCUGAGGAGACCAGAGAGUCUUUCACUGAGGGCGACUGGUUCAAAACAGGAGACACAGCCGUCUAUAAAGAAGGUGCGUAUUGGAUCAUGGGCCGUACCAGUGUCGACAUCAUCAAGAGCGGUGGCUACAAGAUCAGUGCUCUCGAGGUGGAGCGGCACCUGCUGGCUCAUCCAGCCAUCAUCGAUGUGGCCGUCGUCGGGGCCCCAGAUGCCGUUUGGGGUCAGAAGGUCACUGCAGUGGUGCAGCUGAGGAAGGGCCAGAGUAUGACCCUGCCGGAGUUGAAGAUCUGGGCGAGGGAACACAUGGCUGCCUACACCAUCCCCACAGGCCUGGUGCUGGUGGAGGAGUUGCCCAGGAAUCAGAUGGGCAAGGUCAACAAGAAGGACCUCCUGCGACACUUCUUCCAUUGACCGAGCCACCUCGAUGUGUACGACAACAAACAGGUUCCUGGUCACUUCCUGGCUGCUCUCAUCUGGUUCAUCUAGAUUCGAAUAUCAAAGAGAAGUAGGCAAUACAAAAUAAUGGAUAAACAAGAAAACAUUUUUGUAAUUCUAAUGUGUUGAAUGCCAAUUAUCCUGAGAACCCUUUAUGUCAAAAAAUCUAUUUGAUAUGUCAUUUUUUAGACAAUUUGAUACAGAUCUUAAUACUGAAAAAAAGGUUCAAAAUUCUAACUAACCAACAUGGAUGUGUCAGACGAACAAUAUGCAAGAAAUUGUCAAGUCCUGUUAAAUGCUGUGCAACCUAAUAUGACCCACUUUUGUAGGGUUUGCAUUUGAUGCAGUGUCACAGUUCCAUGCCACAUGACUGUAUGAAUAAUAACCAGGGUUAGACUAUGUAGUGGGUUCAUACUGAAAACAGAAGUAUUAAACUCUAGACAGACAGAAUGCAGAUGAAAGACACCUAAUUUAUAAGAGUGUGUUCAACUAUUGUCCAACAAAUGAAAUGGAAGUGAUGCUCCACAGCUACAAACUAAAAGAUCCACCUCCACCAUGGCCCAACAGUCCCCUUAUGCAACCACAUUUAAAUUCACUAGAUCCAUUUUUUUAUUUGGAUCUGCACAAAAUUGUACACACUCAUAAAUAUCAGCCUCCUAAACACGUCUGAUUUUGUUUCCAUUAAUCCAUGAAUUAUUUUCUGGGAUAUCAACUAAAGUUGUUGUAAAUCUCACAAUGUUGAAGAAAGAGUAGAAAUAUAACUGCAUCCACCCCCUGAUCAGCGCCAACAUUGAAUUGGUUUCUCCUUGACCCAUUCCACAACCUUCCACCAAAAUGUUUGGAAAUCCAUCCAGCAGUUUUUGCGUAAUCCUGCUUAAUAACAGACAAAUCCAUGCAGACGUAAACAUAACAGUUGGUAGAGGUUAAAUGUAAUUACUUUAAACUGAGACAGCUCUUAAAAAAUCUAAUCUUUUCCUCUUUAAUGAAAUUAAUUUGAAACGUUUGGUGCAGUUUGUAGAUUGUUCUGUAUACGGUGUGUAUACUGUACAGUAAGUAUGUAGUACAGAAGUGGGACAAAAUAUUUGAUACACUUUCCUCAGAGUCCCCGAGCAGAACUGUGGGAUCCACUGCUCCAUCUAAUGAGACAUGAACAGCUAGUGUGUCGUCUGCUUUGACUCCUGAUCAAUAAAUCCACAAACCCUGGAUGUCCAACUUUUCCAAGAAAAGAGUUAAACACAGCGGUACCUCUUGGUAAAGAGUGCUUAGGGUUCUGUUAUUUUAUAAAUUCAGAUGUUUUAUUGGUGUGAUCACAUCAUUUUGUUGGUAGAAGUGGUUGAUUACACCCGAACGAAUGGUUAGAAAAGGAGACAUUGAAAUGUAAUCAGCGGGAAACAUGGUUAAGAUUCAUUUCUUUGCACCCACACACAGAUGCACUUGACAUGUUUAUCUGAAAAUUAAAAAAAGUUUUUAUAAAAUAUAAA